CCCCCCGAAUAAAGGCUCAGGCUCUGCCUUCUUCCCGGGCGUGGCUGGGGCAGGGCGGCCGCAGGGCGAGCAUCGGAACCGUUCCAGUCCAGCGGGCACUGCGGGCAGGAGACUCUGCCAAGAUGACCAAGAAGCCAGAUAAGGAACCCAAGAAGGAGACAACUUCAGAUGAGAAAUCUGAGGAUGAGACAACUUCAGGGAAUAAUGGGAGUGGUUUUGGAGCUGCCAUUGGAGCCGCAUUGGGAGCAGGAGUGGCUCUGGUUGGCCUCCCGGUGGCUCUCGGCGCGCUGGGGUUCACAGGAGCCGGCAUCGCCGCUGGCUCCAUCGCUGCCAAGAUGAUGUCGGCCGCUGCCAUCGCCAACGGAGGUGGAGUGGCUGCUGGCAGCACCGUGGCUGUGCUGCAGUCGGUCGGAGCUGCAGGUUUAUCUCUUGGUGCCAAAAUUGGGCUGACAUCUGUCCUGAGCUCAGCUGGUGCAGCAGGUGGUGCCUGGCUGUCCAAGCGGGAGAAACCUCCAAACGACAAACCACCAAGUGAUAAACCACCAAGUGACAAACCGCCAAGCGACAAACCGCCAAGCAAUGAACCUCCAAGAGAUGAACCUCCAAGAAACAAACCUCCAAGAGAUGAAUCUCCAAGAGACAAACCUCCAAGAGAAAAACCUCCAAGAGACAAAUCUCCAAGAGAUGAACCUCCAAGAGAUGAAACUCCAAGAGAUAAACCUCCAAGAGAUAAACCUCCAAGAGAAAAACCUCCAAGAAACAAACCUCCAAGAGAUAAACCUCCAAGAGAAAAACCUCCAAGAAACAAACCUCCAAGAGACAAACCUCCAAGAGACAAACCUCCAAGAAACAAAACUCCAAGAGACAAACCGCCAAGAGACGAUCCUCCAAGAGACGAUCCUCCAAGUGACAAACCUCCAACAGAUGAACGUCCAAGAAACAAACCUCCAAGAGAUAAACCUCCAAGAGACAAUCCUCCAAGAGAAAAACCUCCAAGAGACAAUCCUCCAAGUGAUGAACCUCCAAGAAACAAACCUCCAAGAGACAAACCUCCAAGAGACAAACCUCCAAGAAACAAAACUCCAAGAGAUAAACCUCCAAGAGACAAUCCUCCAAGUGAUGAACCUCCAAGAAACAAACCUCCAAGAGACAAACCUCCAAGAGACAAACCUCCAAGAAACAAAACUCCAAGAGACAAACCGCCAAGAGACGAUCCUCCAAGAGACGAUCCUCCAAGAGACAAACCUCCAAGAAACAAACCUCCAAGAGACGAACCUCCAAGAGACAAACCUUGAAGGCUAAGAAUCAAGACAACCAAGCUGGGG